UGUAGUCUACCUAGCAGUGGAAAAUGUAAUCAACGUUGACUUGACUCAGAACAUCAAAUUAAUAAUUUCCUAGCAGUGGCUUCAUUCCUUCCCCACCCUAUAUAUAUAAAUGUAAAUGCAAGCUACCUCUUAUCUUCAAAUUAAACAAAACAACUCCUUUCCCUAGAAGAAUUGAAGUUGGAUUUUGUUGGUAUAUCUCAAUGAGAUACUCAGCUGCAGUUUUGGGGAUUGUUUUUACAUUGAUUUCUUGGGAUGGAGUAAAUUCAAAUGCCACCCAUUGUAAGGCAGAGGAGAGGGAAGCCCUUCUCGACUUCAAGCAAUCUCUCACCGAUCCUUCCAACCGCCUCUCUUCCUGGGUUGGUGAGGAUUGCUGCAGCUGGACAGGAGUUCGCUGCCACAACACCACUGCCCAUGUCAUCCAUCUCAACCUCUCCAAUCCAAUAUUCCCUAUUCAUGAUGAUUAUGAUGAUGAUUAUUAUGAUGAUUAUGAGUCUUUGGUUGCUGCGCAGAACAGGUCCAGUUUGGGUGGGAACAUAAGCGGCUCUUUGCUGCAAUUGAAACAUCUUCAACAUCUGGACUUGAGUCUCAAUCAUUUUCAGGGACUUCAGAUUCCACAGUUCUUUGGUUCCCUCCCCAAUCUCGCUUAUCUUAACCUUUCUUCUGCAAGAUUUGUGGGUGCCAUUCCUCCUCAACUUGGGAAUCUUUCAAGCUUGCAUUAUCUUGAUCUUGGAAGGAAUUAUGAUUUGUACGUUGCAGAUGACGUAAGAUGGAUUUCUCAUCUCUCCUCAAUUGAAUUCCUCGACAUGAGCUCUGUCAAUCUCAACCGAGCAUCUAAUAAUUGGCUUCAGGCAAUGAACAUCCUCCCUUCCUUAUCCACGUUGCUCUUGAGUGAUUGUUCCCUCAGCCAUAAUCUUCCUCUUUCUCAUGUCAAUUUUUCUUCCCUUGUCGCUCUUGAUCUCUCCGAUAACUCUUUCAGGAAUUCUUCCACAUUUGGAUGGCUCUCCAGUCUCACUUCUCUUGUUUCACUCAAUCUGCGUGGCGCCUAUUUUACAGAGGGUUCAAUUCCAAUAUAUCUUCAGAACACGUCCACUACUCUUCAAUCCAUGGACCUUUCUGAUUGCAAUUUGAACUCUACCACACCGAACUGGUUUUCUGGUCUCUCUUCUAUUGUUUCCCUUGAUCUGAGUUAUAACCGAAUUCCUGGUUUGCUUCCCGCCCCUCUACGGAACCUAACUACUCUUCGGUUCCUUAAUCUUGCAGGUAACCAAUUCAACUUUGCAAUACCAGAGUGGUUGUACGACAUGACCGGCCUCCAAAGUCUCGAUCUUUCUUCCAAUCAUUUUCAAGGAUCAAUUUCUGGUGCAAUUGGCAACCUGACAUCACUCACAAAACUCCGGUUAUCUGGCAAUAACUUUGAAGGAUGGAUUCCGACAUCCUUAGGAAACCUCUUCAAUUUGAGAGUUUUAGAUUUGGCGAGGAACCAACUCAGUGGAGACAUUUCUGAAAUUUUUGGAGAUUAUUCAUUCGAUUCGUGCGCCAAGGAAACACUGGGGUCAGGCCAAUUGCCCAAGCAUUUCGGAGAAUUGAAAAGUUUGUCCAUGCUUGAUAUUUCCCGCAACUCCAUUUCAGGCCCACUUCCAAUGUCUAUAGGGAAAUUAUCAUCCUUGAGGGUCAUUGAUAUUUCUUCCAAUCUUUUCAAUGGGAGUAUUCCAGAAACUCUUGGGAGUCUCUCUAAAUUAGAAAGUGUGUACAUCUCUAACAAUUCCUUGGAAGGCACCAUUUCAGAAGUUCACUUUGCAAAUCUAACAAGACUGAAGGAUUUCUUUGCUGAUUCAAACCCAUUGGCCUUGAAAAUAAGCCCCAAUUGGAUUCCUCCAUUUCAACUCCGUCUAAUUUCACUGAGCUUAACUCAUAUGGGACCUCAAUUAUUUCCUUCAUGGCUUCAAACACAGAGGGAAUUGGAUUUUUUACACCUAUCAAAUGCUUCAAUAUUAGGUGUAAUCCCAACUUGGCUUUCCAAUAUGUCCCAACUUUCCGAUGUGGAUCUGUCUCAGAAUCAGAUCCAAGGCCCGUUGCCUCCUAUGCCUGCUACACUAAGCCAUUUAGAUCUUUCAAAUAAUUACUUGAAUGGAUCUCUUGUUCCCUUCUUGUGCAAUAAAAUGGUAGAUCUGGAAUCUAAUUUAUACCAUUUAGAUCUAUCAAAAAAUUUUUUAUCCGGAGAAAUUCCUGAUUGUUGGAUGAAUUGGAAAAAUUUAUUGACAUUGCGAUUGGACAACAAUAAUUUGGUAGGAAAAAUACCAAGUUCCAUGGGUUCUCUAACUCGGCUUGGAUCAUUACACUUGAGCAAGAACAAGCUCUCUGGAAACUUGUCUACCACAUUGUCAAGUUUUCAUUAUUUGAAAGUUUUGGAUCUUAGUGAAAAUAAAUUUUCUGGAAGAAUACCGUUAUUGAUAGGAGAAAGCCUACCCCAACUUCGAGUCCUUAUUCUUCGCACAAAUAAGUUGAGUGGCAGUAUUUCCAUCCAGCUCUGUCAUCUCUAUUCUCUUCAAAUCUUGGACCUUGCACACAACAAUCUCUCUGGAGCCAUUCCGACAUGCUUUGGUAACUACAAUGCAAUGAUUAACAGACCAAAAUAUUUAGACAAAUUUUUUUACAAUCAUACAAGUACACCCUUAGAAAAAGCAAUGGUUGUGAUAAAGCAAUAUCAGUAUGAAUUCAGCAAUUCUCUCUCUCUAUUAACAAGCAUUGACAUUUCAUGCAACAACUUGUAUGGAGAGAUCCCUGCAGAGUUGACCCAUCUUAAAGGUUUGUUAUCCCUAAACCUAUCCAUGAACAAACUUCAAGGAAGGAUCCCAGAUAAAAUUGGCAAUAUGACAUCAUUGGAGUCUAUUGAUUUAUCAAUGAAUAAACUUUCAGGCAUAAUUCCUCAAAGUAUGUCAAGUUUGACAUUCUUGGAAUAUUUAAAUUUGUCAUACAAUAACUUAUCGGGCAGAAUUCCUUUAGGUACCCAGAUCCAAGGGUUCACUCCGCUCAGUUUCAUUGGCAACCAUGAGCUCUGUGGUCUACCAUUGGCAGAUGAAUGCACAAAAGCUGAAACACCUCUAUUUCUAAAACCAAGUUGGCACAAUGAAAGAGAUGGAUGGAUUGAUAUGAGGUGGUUCUAUUUGGGCAUACCAUUUGGAUUUGUUGUGGGGUUUUGGGCUGUUUUGGGUCCUUUAAUGUUGAACAAGGUUUGGAGAUUGACCUAUUUUCAAUUCUUGGAUGACUUGAAAUACAAGUUGUUUGGUUGGUUUAGAUUUGUUUAAAGUUUUUGUGUUUUUAUCUACACCUGUUUAGAUUUGUUUCUUAUUUAGCAUUGUUUAAAUUUGUGGUCCUGAUUUGAUUGGUUGUUGGUGUUAUUUUUGGAAGGGCUUUAAUUCCUUUAUCUAUAAUUUCACAAUGCUUGUCUUGUAAACAUGGUAUUACUAUGCCAAAAGUGAGGGCAUAUCAAUAAAGAUUGUGUUAUUCAAAAAAAAAAAAAAAA